AUGGCGUCUUUGGCCACGAGCAGGGCUGGCACGCCUGGUUCGACGAACAAGCAAAUUCCGCUUCUCUGCGUCGUGUGUCCCGAAGCGCCGCACUUCUCCGACGUAUCGCACUUGCUCACACACAUUGCGUCCAAAGGCCACCUGCACCACGAGACCCAGACCAGGCUUAAAUCACAUCAAGACAUCGCGGCUUCAGUCACUCUUGGACAGUAUGAGCAGUGGUACAAGGACAACGGCAUCGAAGCGCUUUUGGUCGAGCGAAUGAGGGCUAAGCAGCUCAAGGAGGCCGUGAGAAACAGGCGUUCGAGAGGCACAACGCAAACUCCAGCUCUCAAGUCAAAGAGACGAUCGAAACGUCCCGCCAAUUCCACAUCUUCGAGGCCGGACGCCGAAGAAUUCGGCUCGGAGCUUCCUCUGUUCCCCCCAUUCGUCCAUUCUGACAAUGACACGGAGAUGCAGGAUGGAAUAUACACAAGCCAGGACAUGCUGUCGUUAAAGGGCCAGGUCUGGCCUGGCAUGGGCAAAAUGGACCUUGCAAACGAGGACAUGAAGCGGACCCGCAAUCAGCGCAAGCCCAACUCUGUCAUUGAAAAGAUGCGGAGGACUUCAGAGGGCAUUGAGCCUACGCAGGUUGUGAUGACCUCAGAAUUCGAAGUUGAGCGAGUCAAAGGGGUGUAUGACAGCUCGUCGCCAGUACCAGGACAGGAAGAAGAGACCCCGAAGAAGCAAACAAGACCGAAGCGCAAACGAACGGGGGCACUGGCGGAAAUCUCGUCCAAUGUGCCCCGCGGUGGAAAUCGCCGCCUGGCGCGAAAUACACAGGCAAGCGACACGAAGAUUCCCAGGCUCAAGUCGGAUGAUGGCGAGGAUGGCAGCGAAGUCUUUCCUUCGUCGCUCGGGGGCUUUCGACACGGACAUGAUGUAUUCUGCGACGGGGACGGGGCCACCGGUAUUUUGUCGGCUUUGGGAUCUCGAAGCGACAUUUUGACGGGUGCAGGGCCCUACGACGGCCGCCCAUUCACUCCGCCCGGUCAGGAUCAAAAGUACGACAUUCGAGAUACCCAGAGUCUGCAGACUCUUAACUCCAUGCCGCAUUCAACUUUGAUGUCGCCGACGCCAACAUCAAGAAGCGUAUCUGCUCGUCUGCUAUCUACCCAGGAUCCGCAGAGAGCGAGAGCGCAUGGCCCGGGCUAUUUUGGACAUAGCACUUACAUGGCUUUGAGCACUUUUGGCCACCAAGAACCUGCCUACGGUCUCAACGACGGCCCAAUUUAUGGCAACUCCGCAAAGUCGUUUUCCACUGCCAGCCACUUCAAUACUCUCCCCCAGGACAGCUUCCGUCUCAGUCCAAGCAGCUCCUUGCAGCCAAAGCACGAAGAGUACCCGAGUUGCGCCACGAUAGACUCGCUAUCCGCGUCCGGCAACACCCAGUUCCUUUCCGUGCCAGAGUGCAACCCCCUCUUCACCCAGGAUCGAAUCUUCCCCACGUCUUACGGCCAUUCAACACCAAACCCCUCACUGUCCUCACUUGGGUUUACUCCGAUCAAUCGUGACAAGGACCCUGGUCAGGGGACUCAAGAUGAUCAAAAUCCGAUUCCGCCCGCUGCUAGUAUCAAGUUGGAAUCUCAGUCCUGUGAUGGCUUCGGCGGAACACAGUCAAGGGACAACAGGCACCCCAAUUUUGCCGAUGGUCUCUGGGGCGCUCGACCACAACCCGAGGGCGGUGAAAUUCGGGACGGACUCGAUGAAGAGCUGAGCAUGUGA